UAGAUGGGCGUGUCAUACUCAGCGAAUUCUUCACUGUACGAUUCUGUUAAGGUUAAGUAAAAACAAGCGUGCGUGUAAGACAAAGCGCUACAGUGGACCGAAACCCGCUAGCAAAUCAUUUUUUCUUGUAUUGGGAACAGCAUUGUUUUAGAUAUUUAAAAAAAUAACGCUAAUACAGUGUAAACCCGUAAUACACGGUCAUGCCGUUUUGAUUGGGAACGUGCAAAAGAAUAACGCUCAUUUCAGACGUACGUCGUUACAAUUGUUUACAAUUUAUAAUUUUGCUACAAACACUGUAUUGCUUUUGACAAUAGCUGACGAUGUUCGUGGGGAGGUGCCUAGCGGAAGUUAUUGGCUGUGUUCAAAAUGGCGAUAUAAUUGUGAUGAAUGAACGGUUAAUACUUCAAACUCUGAAGUACCACAUUUCCCAUUGCCACUAGAGGGGUUUUAGUAAUGGAAUCUGUUGCAUUUGAUGAAGAUUCAUCUGAAGAAAGGGUAUUGCCUGAUGGAGCCGAAGUACCUGAGCUGGACCCUGCGGACCAGUCGGAGGAUUCUGAACUUGGGGACCGGUUUAUUCAGGAACGCGACUGUGAAAAUCUGCACAUUGUUGUGAAGGAGGAGGAAGAGGAAUGGGAGCUGGGUUUAAUGAACGAGGAGCGCAGCCCAUCUCAGUUGGAGGACUGCACAUCGGGCGGAGAGGGGGACACUUUACCCUCAGCAACUGUAACAGUUCUGGGUCCCAAACGACGAAGUGCUAGACACAGGAAAGAGAAACCUCUGCAGAAGUGUGCCGAAUGUGGUAAGUGUUUCAAAUUCAAGUGCCUCCUCAAGCAGCAUCGGCGAAUUCACACGGGUGAGAAGCCAUACUCUUGCAACGAGUGUGGUAGGAAUUUCGGGAACCUCACCAGCCUUCGCAUGCACUGGCUGGAUCACAAGGGAGAGAAACCCUUCCUUUGUCAGCAGUGUGGAAAAUCCUACAAACAGCGGUCCCACUUACUGGACCACCAGCGCGUUCACACUGGAGAAAAGCCGUAUCACUGUGCUGACUGCGGGAAGACAUUCAGAAGACAGCAGUACUUGAAACGGCACCAGCACACUCACACGGGCCUGAAACCCUAUGCCUGCAAGGUGUGCUCCAAGACUUUUGGCUGGAUGGAGAGCAUGAUAAAGCAUCUGCAGUCUCACUCGGGUAAAAAGCCCUUCCAGUGCAGCCAGUGUGGGAACAAGUUCACGGAAAAGAGAAACCUGCGGACCCACCUGCUGCUGCACACCGGCGAGAAGCCCCACACCUGCAGCUUCUGCGGUAAGAGGUUCAGUGUCGUGAGCCACCUCCGCAGGCACGAGAACAUUCACAAAGGCGAGAAGCCUUAUCGGUGCGACGUGUGCGAGAGGAGCUUCAACCAGCUUGGCAACCUGAAGGCCCACAAGAGAGUUCACACAGGGGAGAAGCCAUUCCACUGCGAGCACUGUGAGAAGAGCUUCACCCACCGGGUCAGCCUCAAGAACCACCAAAAGUACCACUCUGCCAAAAAACCCUAGCGCAGCUAAACCUUGAGGUGAACCACCUGACCGGCUGGAAAAUUCGCAGGGCGCUACAUUCAUCUCAGCAGAACGUCAUUAAUCCAGGGUCGCUCAAGAACAUGUGACUGUACUUAAACUGACACUUAUCUGCAAUGGAGGUCACUGUGAGAAAGGAAGGGUCAGAGGUUUCCAUCAAAGACCUUAGAACAAAGGCUGCUGAUUAAGGGACUGAAGUUUACUUUAAAAAAUGAGCUACGGUCAAAGGGCUUUGGUCCUUUGGGUAGAUAGAUUUGCUUGACUGAAGAGGGGAUUCACUAACACGUGAAUUAAGUAUUACCUGGCUGCAUGCCCUGUGUUGUAUGGCUGAUAUACUGAAUUAAAAAAAAAAGUUAAUUGCAAAGUUUUAGGUCAUGGAGAAAUAGGCUUAGAAUUUAUUUUUUACCAGUUUAUUUUUUCCCACAGAUCUUAAAACAAAUGCUACACUAUGUGACUAAUACAACAAUCAUUAUGUACAUGUUUAGGUUAUACUCAGAUAGCAGCAUGGUAGUUAAAUGGCAAUGUUUAUAGUGUUACAAAUUGGAUGUAGACCAGGUCUGUGCAAUUACAUAUUUGGAAUUGCACUUCUGAAGUUUUAAUUAAUUUAUGAAAUACAAUGAAUGUGCAUAUAGCUUUCAUACAAACAGCCAAAGCUAGCUUUUUAUGUAUGGAAGUAUGCUGUAAACAUUAUAGUUAUGUACCAGAAAUAUUCAUACACAUUUGAUUAAUUUGUCAAAAUUCUGAAACCUUGUUCAUUUCAAUUUGAUAACUUUGGUCUGUGCAUAGCACAGAAGAAUCAUAUGAAUCCUAAGCAGUAGUAUACAUGUGAAUGAUAUUGAUCAUUAGAUGGGGGGCCUGGAGUAUUUGUUCAUUCUUAUUUAAAUGUAUUCUGGCUUAAUAUCAAAGCACCACUGGAAUAACCUGUUUUGACAGAGGUCAAAUUUAAGUGUUGUUUUGACAUUGCCUCUAAGUAAAAACAGUAAAAUAUAAUCUGUGGUAUAUUCUGAUGUACCAUGAAUGUUUUUUUUUUAUUAUUCAAUCUUUUUUCUCAUUUGCAUUCCAUUUUGUUUUCACCCUAAAGGUCACUCUUGGACCCUCUUCAUUCAUCAAAAGUUUUUUUUUUUUUUUUUGCUGCUACGUAUUACAGCACAUUUACUUCAGUGUAAAUGACUCUGCCAGCCAUUCAGAUUCUGGAAAUUAUUGAAUCAUAUGUGUGUAAUAACAGAGACAAGUGUUUAAAUAAAUAAAGAAGUCUUAAAUGGGGUCUGAAAUGUAGAAACAGUGCCUAAAAUAUACACAAUGAAUUAAACAUUCUAAUCUCUGAUUAUAUACAUUAACUUGUCAAGCACAAAGAUGAAAGCAACAUGCAUUGUAUUCUGAAGGAUGUACUGUAUUUGACUGUCAAAAAAUAGCACCUGUUCUAGCUUUAAAUACAUUCAAAUCUCCACAUACUUGGGUCAGAAGUAUUAUUCUUCUGUGUUGCCAAUUAAAAAAUUAUCAUUGUGGGCUUAGAACUCACACAUAAGUAAAAAUUCUGAUUGAAUCUCCCUACAGCCGAUUGAACGUAAUAGAGAGCAAGCAGAGUUGUUUGAAUGUCACAAAGUCACUGUACCCGCUUCUUAUCUUUCAGGUGAUUGGAUGAAAAAGGAGGUAGAUAAAGGCAAGUGGUUAAUAUGUUAAGUGUGUGCAAAGACUGUUAUCAAUGGAAUCUUUUUCA